AUGGCCGUACUCUUCUUGUUGGCUGCCUUCGUGGGCUGUGUAGUGGCUAGGCCUUCCAGCGAAAAUGUGACACCAGUUGAAAUUACUCUGUACUACGAAUCAUUAUGCCCUGGCUGUCGAAUUUUCAUUCCAAACCAAUUGUUGCCAGCCUAUACGGACUCGAAGUAUGAUUACCGCUCUUUAAUAUCUAAACUCACAUUGGUGCCCUAUGGUUGGGUUGCGGUUAAAAAUGCAACAAGCCAUGAUUAUGCAUGUCAGCAUGGCGAGUCCGAAUGCGAGGGCAACAGGUUGCACGCCUGCGCCAUCAAGUACAUCCCAGAUCAAGUAGCAACAAUAGAAUAUAUCUCAUGCUUGGACCAACUGGAAUCGAAUUAUCUCACAUUUGCGUCUUCUCAAUACCCCAUUGACAAGUGUCAAGAAAAACUCCCAGAAGGAGUCUACUCAAAAAUAAUGAGCUGCUACAAUUCAGACGAAGCAUGGGAAUUAUUCCAAAACAAUGGAAAGAAAACCACCUCGUUUUUUCCAAAAGGUGGUUUCAUUCCAUAUGUUUCCUUCAACAAUAAACGAGAUGAUGAAUUGGCCAUAUCUGCAUUUAAGGACUUCAGAAAGACACUCUGCGAAGCUGCCGGAGUCGCUGAUCCAGAUUGUUCUGCAUAAAACUAACUGA